AUGGCAGUCACGAUGACCGAAGAAAUGCUACAACGUUUGAUGGGAGCUAUAGGUACGCAAGCAAGCGUACGGACGGAUCUGACGACAGGCAGCUUCUCUAGAUGCACGGCCAGAUUCAACGGAUCGAGGAAUUCCGAGAAGGUCCAGGAAUUCACGACGACGAUUGCCCUGUACAAGGAUAUAGAGGGUAUAUCAGACGAGAUGGCUCUGCGAGGUUUGCCACUGCUGCUUCAAGACACAGCAGCUACGUGGUGGGAGGGCGUGAAAACGGAGGCAAGUACCUUUGACGACGCAAUCCGUCUACUAAAGUCUUCGUUUGCCCCUAGUAAACCUCCACACAGCAUCUUUAUUGAAUUUUUCGGAACACGUCAAGACAGAACCACAAGCACGGACUUAUUCGUCUGUCAGAAGAGGGCUCUGUUAGCCCAACUACCUUAUGAGAUGCCACUCAACACACAAAUUGACAUGCUAUACGGACUUUUAAAUAUGAGAAUCCGUCAUCGAGGCAAUCCUUUUCGAAGCAGGAAAAGGAGACAGCAGUACCACGGAAAAGAAGAAGAGUUGCGCUUUCUGCGGCAACAUUGGCCACACCAUUAG